UACUACUGGUAUUGAUCCUAAUUUCAUCAUGUUAUUCGGACUCACCCUCAAACUUGUUCCAGCUCUUUACGCUGUUUAUCUAUUCGUAUCAACUAUAUGGUACAUCUACCUCCACCCCCUCCGCCGCAUCCCCGGCCCAAAAUCAUGGAUUAUCUUCCCCAUCCUCCGACAGAUAUCCGGCAUCCGCGGACGAUUCGACAGCGACAUUUGCCGCUUCCACAGAACCUACGGCCCAGCCGUCCGUUACGGCCGGGACGAAGUAUCCUUUAUCACGCCCGACGCGUGGAAGGAGAUAUACGGACACGGUCACGCUCAACUACCAAAGGUAUUGACGUCUGCCAGUAAUACAUCUGAUAUUGUCAGUUCGAACGAUGCGGAUCAUAGUCGCCACCGGAAAGCGCUUUCGCAUGCGUUUUCCGCGAAGGGUCUGCAGGCGCAGGAACCGCUUGUUAAUGGGUAUGUGGAUAAAUUGAUUGAGAGGUUAAAGGGUAUGGCGGAGACCGGUGUGCCGGUCGAUAUGGUAAAAUGGUAUAAUCUGACGACGUUUGAUAUAAUUGGGGAUCUUGCGUUCGGGGAGCCAUUUGGGGGUCUGGAGAAGGCUGAGUAUCAUCACUGGGUGGCGAUGGUUUUUGGGUUUGUCAAGGUUAUUUCAUUUGUGAGACUUGGGGAUUCGUAUCCUGUUGCGUUUAGCUUGUUGAAAGCGUUCCUGUUGCCGAAGGGUUUGAUGGCCGCGAGACAAAGGCAGCUCGAUCAUGCAAAGAGCACUGUUGCGAAGAGGUUGCAGAAUGCCGAUAGGUAUCAUCGAGGUGACUUUAUGGAUUCGAUGCUGCGACAUGCUGGGGAGAAGGAUGGGUUGUCUGUUGAAGAGCUUGAGGGGAAUGCGAAUAUCCUGAUUAUCGCGGGGAGUGAGACGACCGCGACUUUGCUGUCUGGGGCGACGUACUGGCUGCUCAGGACACCGGAUGUUAUGAAGAAGGUUACGGAUGAGGUGAGGAGUGUGAUGCUGUCGGAGGCUGAAAUUACUUCGAGCAAUAUUGCUGCGAGACUUCCUUAUAUGCUUGCUUGUCUUGAGGAGGCACUUCGGAUGUAUCCUCCUGUUCCGACGGGAUUGCAGCGGAGGACUUUGACGCCUGUUCGGAUUUCGGGAUAUGAUGUCGCACCUGGUGUAUGUUCACCUCGUCCCCGAGAAAACAAAUGCUAACAGUGUCCAGACAUCGGUGUCCAUCCACCACUCUGCAGCCUACACCUCCCCGAUCAAUUUCUACCGUCCCGAGCAAUUCAUUCCCGAACGCUGGCUACCAGAAGCCAAAAACAAUCCGUCCUCGCCCUUCUUCUGGGACAGACGUGACGUCCUGCAGCCAUUUUCGGCAGGGCCGCGGAAUUGCAUUGGAAGGAAUUUGGCGUUUGCAGAGAUGCGGCUUAUCCUUGCAAGGGUGCUUUGGAAUUUCGAUCUGGAACUUUGCAACGAGAGUGCAAACUGGAGCGAGCAAAAGAUCUAUACGUUGUGGGAGAAACCAGCUCUGAUGUGUAAAUUGAGGCCACGGAUGUGAGACUAGCCGGGUAUUGUUUCGGUAAUGUAAAGAUUGACGU